CAGCCUUAGCCUACAUCUGCAGACCUCAAAUGUUGCAGCGAGAGGAGCAGAGCAGAGAAAGAGACUAGUGGGGAAAAGUUUUCAAACGGAGCAGGACUAACCUGGACAGCCCUGUAGACUGAUUUUGUGUGCCUGAGAAGUCCUUUCUGCUCUUUUUGACAUUUCGCAACCAUUAUAUUUGACUGUUUGUAUGCAUAUUUGAGAUCGAAAAGGACUGUAACAAUCAUGGAACUGCUUUGUCUCGAGAUGGAUACCAUUAUAAGAGCCCUUCCUGACCCGAAUCUUCUAUGUGAUGACAGGGUACUACAGAGCUUGUUGACCAUCGAAGAGAGGUUUCUUCCCCAGUGUUCAUAUUUUAAAUGCGUUCAGAAAGAUAUUCAGCCCUUUAUGCGGAGGAUGGUGGCAACUUGGAUGUUGGAGGUCUGCGAGGAACAGAAAUGCGAGGAAGAAGUUUUUCCACUGGCUAUGAACUACUUGGACCGAUUUUUAGCGGUGGUACCAACAAGAAAAUGCAACUUGCAGUUGCUUGGCGCAGUGUGCAUGUUUCUUGCGUCUAAAUUGAAAGAGACGCGUCCAUUAACUGCAGAGAAGCUGUGCAUCUACACUGAUAACUCAAUCAGACCGCAGGAACUGCUGGAAUGGGAGCUGGUUGUCCUGGGCAAAUUGAAGUGGAAUCUGGCUGCUGUCACUCCCAAUGACUUUAUUGAGCACAUUAUGAGGAAACUUCCGCUGCCUGAGGAUAAGCUGGACCUGAUCCGUAAACAUGUGCAGACUUUCAUCGCCCUUUGUGCAACAGAUUUCACUUUCGCCAUGUACCCUCCAUCCAUGAUUGCAACGGGCAGCGUGGCAGCGGCUAUCUGUGGCCUGCAGCUUAACAGCACUAACCGCUCACUGUGGGGAGACAACCUAACAGAAUUACUCGCCAAGAUCACAAACACAGAAGUUGAUGUGUUAAAGGAAUGCCAGGAGCAGAUUGAGAGAGUGUUGAUGAAUAACCUGAGGGAGGGUCGCCGGCAACAGCAGAAACAGCAGGAACAGGGUGGCACCCGCAGCAAAGCACUUGAUGACCAAGACCAGUCCAGCACCCCAACCGAUGUACAAGACAUCAACUUGUGAGCUUGCUGCAGGAACGCUGUGAUCAGUCUUCAAGAGGAAAAAAAGCAACAACAAAAAACAAAAACGACAAAAAAACAAACAACCCCAACGAAAAGUGCUUGCUAGUCUUUGUAGAGUUUUAUCUUCAUUUUCCAGUAAAAAUUGCUCCCAUAAAUGGAAAAAAAAGAAAAAAAUCUAAGCUAUUUUAGAUACAAAAAUUAGAUAUUUUUAAAAUGAUUUGAUACUGAUGCAAAAAGCUCUACGGUGCCUUAGACUCUUAGAAGGGAAGCAUGUAGUAUUUUGCAAACUCUUUUGAUUGUGUAAACAUAAUAUGAUAUUUAAUGCAAAAGUGAUAGUGUAAAGGGCUUUUCAAAAUAGAGAGUCUACUGUAUCAGACUGGCUUGAAAGGGUACAAAAAGUGGGGCUAUGUUUUUUUCCUGUUUUGUUGUGAUUUUUAUUUUUUUGGGUUCAUUUUGGAAUGCCUGAACUUGAACACACAAUGAGGUGCCAUGAGUAUGAAUGGACGCACCCAUUCACUUGGCUGUGUACUAAGUGCAUUAGGACCAGAAAGGGGGAUUAAAAAAGUGGUGAGACACAAGUCUUAUGUUAAGAACGCAGGGCUCUUUUGCAUGGGCAACAGGGGCUUAUAUCACGAGAAUAGACUAUUAAUAUUAUUUUAUUAUGAGUAUUAUUAUUAUUCCUGUUAAACAAGCAAGUUAUUGGCUCUCGAUGCUAAAGUUACAGACACUUCAAAUAAGCUUUUCUGAAGCUGCUUGUGUGCAUGCAUUUAUGUGUGGUGUAUGUUGGCUCAUGUGCAAGCGUGUACAAGUUACUCUAUAUCAAGCACUCUUGUGUGAGUCAUGUGGGCUUUGUUUAAUCAUCUAUCUGCAAGUGUUUGGUCAUAGAGACUGGUUCAGUGGUGGGCACAUGGUCAAAGGACUGGACAGGGGAUAGUACAUGAUUCCACAAUGCUUCGAUGGCCUCCUGUAUCAGUGCCUUAUAUUAAAUGCUUUUUUUUUUUUACUGGCCUGGAAACUGCUUGAGGGCUGAGCCCAACCCAGUGCACAGAACAAGAGGAGGCAAGAACAGGGAGCGGACAGAGACGACUAUGUUCCCUUGUAUCUUCUAAAGGCAAGAAGAGUUGUUUUUAAAAUAUGUGGGUAAGGUUGUCUUUCAUGGCAGUCUCCCACUAAAUAUUACAGUUGUAUUGUAUACAGACAGUUUAUUACGUUAUUACGUAUUUUGUUGUGAGUGUGUUGAAGGAGCCUUAGGCUGAUAUAUGGUUGGUCCCAUCAGGGACCGAAAAAUGAGUUGUGGAGUUGUUUGCAAGCAAAUGUGUGCUAAUUCUGUUAGCAGUAAAGGAAUGUGUAGGCAAGAAUGAUCGAGGACGAUGACGAUGAAGCUUGGUUGGUUUGAGGUUUGAAGCAUGCUGCUGAGAUGAGGAUGCUGAUAUGUGAUUUGGUGAUUUGUUAUAUGCUGAUAUGGAGAUAUGGAGAAGCAGGAAAGGAGGCCAAAGGAGAAACUACAGCUAUGGUUUCCAUACAUCACCUGAUAUUUAAGAUCUUUAAUCUAUUUGUCUGUUUAUUUGUUUGUCCUUUAGUUUUUAUGUCUCAUGUUUGAAUUACAGACCAGUAUCUAAACCAGUUUCAUUGAUACCGCUAGCGCAUAACUGGGGAAGGUUACUUCAUCGGUUUCAGUUCAGAGAGCAUAUUAGUUUUCCAUUUUAUUUUUUUCUCUCUCCUUUUCUUUUUUGGGCUGGUUUCCCAUGUUUAGAUCAUGGCAUGUUCAGUUCAUUAUAGCGUUAAAGCAUUGGAAACCAAUGUAUGACAACAGCAGCAACUAAAUAAUAAUAUUAAUGCAAAUUAAAAAAU